AUGGAGCAGCUGCAGGAGAGCCUUCGCCUCGUAGAAACACCCUCUCUAAAGGCAACAAAAGACGCUCUAAAGUUCACAUACGACAUCAUUUCGGCAGUUCCCACAGAAAGUCUAGUAAAUUUCAGCGAUCCCGUAAAUACCCCGCAGAAAGCCCUUCUCACGCUUUUCAUCGCCCUCUCCCACACAAUAAAAAACGAGCACGAGUCUGCGCUCGAACUCGCAAGGAGUGCCCUUGCAGAAAUUUCCGAAAACAAAAAACAAGGUAAAACAGGGUGCCGAACCCGUGCUCUGGACUCUCUGCAAAGCAGCCUCUGGGCUGUCGUUAGAAUCUCGGCCUUUGCCCUGGAUAGAGACUGUUUGCAGGAGUUUCUCGUUGCUUUGGCGUAUUCCCGUGAGAAAGGAGCCUUAGAAACGGAGGCUGUGCUUGUAAAUGCCGUUUUAAUGCACCUUCAAAGAAAAUCAGCGUUUGAUGAAGCAAAUGUUUUUUUAAAAGGCGUAACUCUUUCAAAAGAUGCUGAUGUUUUGCAGUACGCUUUAUUCCUGUAUCUUUCGGCAGUUGUUCAUUUGCACAGUGGAGACUUUUCUGCGUGCGAGAAAGCCGUCCAGGGAGCACUCGUGCGAAGUGUGGAUGCUCAUUUUACGAACGAGUGCAGAAAGAUACACUUUUUGUCGCUUUUACAUCAGGGUAAAUUGCCCGAUAAGGAAAUCUUUCCAGAUAAGGAGAUGCUACCUGAAAACGAAAAGUACAAAAACAUCCUCGCAGGAAUUCGAACCUGCAGCGUGGAAACCUUCCAGAGGCACGUAGAAAAGCACAGGGACGCCUUUAAGAGGGACGGACUCCUCACAGCAAUCACAAGACUCGAAACUGCAGUCCAGAAAGAACACGUCAGAAGAAUCGGAAGAAUUUUUUCAAAGAUUACACUUUCAGAAAUUUCUGAAAGGAUAGGGGUUUCCCAGGAAAGUGCCCUUUUCCUCAUGGAAAGUGCCGUUAGAGAAGGCACUGUGAAGGGAACCGUUGAAAACGGGUAUUUCCUGGGCGGAGAAAAGCAGCAGGAAAUGCCCCGUAUGAGAGACGCAGAGAUGCAUGCAGUUUCUCACGCACUGGCUGCCGUUAAAAAGCACGAGGAAAGGCCUGCGAAGACUUUCGAGGAGAUGCAGGCAGAAAUGGCGUAUAGUGAGUACAGAAUUUGA